CCCGCUUCCGGCCGCGGCUCAGUUCUCCCGCCUCCGCCUGUGUCGCGGCUCGUGGUCGUCCCGCCAUGGCUCUGUCGCGGGGGUUGCCCCGGGAGCUGGCCGAGGCCGUGGCCGGCGGCCGGGUGCUGGUGGUGGGCGCGGGCGGCAUCGGCUGCGAACUCCUCAAAAACCUCGUCCUUACCGGCUUCUCUCACAUCGACCUGAUUGAUCUGGAUACUAUUGAUGUCAGCAACCUCAACAGGCAGUUUUUGUUUCAAAAGAAGCAUGUUGGAAGAUCAAAGGCCCAGGUCGCCAAAGAAAGUGUACUGCAGUUUUACCCGAAAGCAAAUAUCAUAGCCUACCAUGACAGCAUCAUGAACCCUGACUAUAAUGUGGAAUUUUUUCGACAAUUUAUAUUGGUUAUGAAUGCUUUAGAUAACAGAGCUGCCCGCAACCAUGUUAAUAGGAUGUGUCUAGCAGCUGAUGUCCCUCUUAUUGAGAGUGGAACUGCUGGUUAUCUUGGGCAAGUAACUACUAUCAAAAAGGGUGUCACUGAGUGUUAUGAAUGUCAUCCUAAACCAACCCAGAGAACUUUUCCUGGCUGUACAAUUCGUAACACACCUUCAGAGCCUAUUCAUUGCAUCGUUUGGGCAAAGUAUUUGUUCAAUCAGCUGUUUGGGGAAGAAGAUGCUGAUCAAGAAGUAUCUCCUGACAGAGCUGACCCUGAAGCUUCCUGGGAACCAAUGGAAGCUGAAGCCAGAGCCAGAGCAUCUAAUGAAGAUGGUGACAUUAAACGUAUUUCCACUAAGGAAUGGGCUAAAUCAACUGGAUAUGAUCCAGUUAAACUUUUUACAAAGCUUUUUAAAGAUGAUAUCAGAUAUCUGUUGACAAUGGACAAACUAUGGCGGAAAAGGAAACCUCCGGUUCCUUUGGACUGGGCUGAAGUACAGAGUCAAGGAGAAGAAACCAAUGCAUCAGAUCAACAAAAUGAACCCCAGUUAGGUCUGAAAGACCAGCAGGUUUUAGAUGUAAAGAGCUAUGCACGUCUUUUUUCAAAAAGCAUUGAGACUUUGAGAGUUCAUUUAGCAGAAAAAGGGGAUGGAGCUGAGCUCAUAUGGGACAAGGAUGACCCAUCUGCAAUGGAUUUUGUCACCUCUGCAGCAAACCUCAGGAUGCAUAUUUUCAGUAUGAAUAUGAAGAGCAGAUUUGAUAUAAAAUCAAUGGCAGGGAACAUUAUUCCUGCUAUCGCUACUACUAAUGCAGUGAUUGCUGGAUUGAUAGUAUUGGAAGGAUUAAAGAUUUUAUCAGGAAAAAUAGACCAGUGUAGAACAAUUUUCUUGAACAAACAACCAAACCCAAGAAAGAAGCUCCUUGUGCCUUGUGCACUGGAUCCUCCCAACCCUAAUUGUUACGUAUGUGCCAGCAAACCAGAGGUGACUGUGCGACUGAAUGUCCAUAAAGUGACAGUUCUCACUUUACAAGAUAAGAUAGUGAAAGAAAAAUUUGCUAUGGUAGCACCAGAUGUCCAAAUUGAAGAUGGGAAAGGAACAAUCCUAAUAUCAUCAGAAGAGGGAGAGACAGAAGCUAAUAAUCACAAGAAGUUGUCAGAAUUUGGAAUUAGAAAUGGGAGCCGGCUUCAAGCAGAUGACUUCCUUCAAGACUAUACUUUAUUGAUCAACAUCCUUCAUAGUGAAGAUCUAGGAAAGGAUGUUGAAUUUGAAGUAGUCGGUGAUGCCCCAGAAAAAGUGGGGCCCAAACAAGCUGAAGAGACUUCCAAAAGCAUAACCAAUGGCAGUGACGAUGGAGCUCAGCCUUCCACAUCCACAGCACAAGAGCAAGAUGAUGUACUCAUAGUCGAUUCAGAUGAAGAAGGUCCUUCGAAUAAUGCUGACAUCAGUGAAGAGAGAAGUCGCAAGAGGAAAUUAGAUGAGAAGGAGAGUAUCAUUGCAAAGAGGUCACGCACAGAACAGACAGAAGAUCUUGAUGAUGUUAUAGCAUUAGAUUGAACAGAAAUGCCUCUAAACAGAAUCCACUUACUGCAUUAGGUCAUCUGGGCAUCUGGAACCAGGUUUAUUUGUUAUGUUCUUUGUUCCAAAGGGAAAAAAUUAACACCAGUGACUUGAAGGUGAUUCUGCUCCCUUUGAAAGCAUUCAUUUUGCUAGAACUAUUAGACACUUUGCGGUAUGUUGUAUGGAAUGUAGAAAUAUAGUUUUAAAACCCUUCGAACAAAGCAUUUGCAUAACCAGUCAUGAGGUGAAACAACACAAUGCAUGUUGCCUUUUUAAUGUAAAUACCCGUAGGUAUCAUUUAAUAGUUUUAAAAUAUUGUGGUUUAGUAAAGUUGAUACCUGGUUAUAAAUAUUAUGCCUUUAUUUUUGGUUAGAAGAAGAAUUAUUUUUAGCCUAGAUCUAACCAUUUUCAUACUCUUUGACUGAAACAGAUUCAAAAAAGUAUCAAGUGCUAUGCAUUGAAACUUGUUUUUAAAUGUUACCUGGCGCUAUGUAUAUUAAUGUAAAACAAUGUUAAUUUACUCAAGUUUUCAGCUUGUACUGCCUGGUAUGUCAGUGUAAGAAGCCAGUUUUUGUGUAUUGUUACAGUUUCAGGUUAUUUAUAUUUGAAGUUUUGUAAAACUCAAAUACGACUAUACUUAUGGACCAAAUAAAUGGCACCUACAUACUUGUUACACAUGCCUGCAAAGUUCACGUGUCUGCUGCUUCGUUGGAUUUAUCCAUCAUGUUUACUGCAGGCAUGCUAAAUUCUUUCCUUUUAAAAAAUUAACUUGUAAUGGAUGUCAAGGUUAAAAGAUCUGUUUGCCAUAGAUGAGUACUUUCUAAAAUAAAGCUUUUAGUGGCAAUGUUGCUUUUUAAA